UCUUGUUACAGGAGGACUACUGAGAUGUCGACUUCCGGUAUAGAGGCUGGACAUCCGGUGGUUAGCAUGAACAUCCUUAGCUAGCCGCGAACAUGUCGCUGAUAAACAACACGCGUUGCUUGUUGACCUGGCAUUUGUGGAGGCAGACGCAAGCCGCGCCCAUCCGCCUUAACUCCAACAGGACGUCGGUAGUGCGGUGCAGUCGUCAGAAAUACGAACGCUUGUACCCGGUUUUAAUGGUGCGACCUGACGGCUCCACCGUCAACAUCCGAUACAAAGAACCCCGUCGCAUGCUCAUGAUGCCAGUGGAUCCUUCCACCUUGUCGGAGGAGGAGCGUCGCCGUCGUCAGAAAAAGCGGGAAGUCAAGAAGACUGUGAAGGAGGCGGCGGUCCACUACGAGGACGAUUUUAAGGCGGACAAGUACAGACAGUUCUGGAGCAAGACCAAAUAAUAAGACGCUCUGGCUUCUUGUUUAUUUAUGUUUAUCUAUGUGAAAAUUAAACAACCCUUUAAAAAAAACCUAGGCCGCCAUUUGAAUUUGUUGACUUUAUUCCUCUUUACUGAACAAUAAUUGUCAUUAAUGUAAUAAUCAUUGGUCACUCUCUGUUGAUUUUGGGUCAUUUCUGGGGCACUUUUUGUACAUUUGGGGGCAUUCAGCAGUAACUUCAUGUACAUUUUUGAUGUUUUUUCUAUUGAUUUUAGGGCAUUUUCUGGGUUAAUUCCUGAUUUUGAUUCACUUCCUGUUGAUUUCGGGGCAUUUCUAGGUAACUUCCUGUACAUUUUGGAUCAUUUCUCUUGAUUUUCGGGCCCCUUCCAGUCCAAACAAAUUGGACGUCUAUCACCAUCAAUGGCAGCAAAUAAGUCAUUUCAUGAAAUUACAUUAAAUCCGA